CCAUGUUGUGAGCUCACAUGCUUUUUGCAGCUCUUUCUGAUUGACUCCUGCCUCCCAAAAAAGCAACGGCAUCAUAGGCUGGGGCUUUGUACCACGUCUCUCUGAUCCCGCUCUUAAGACCCCUCCAGCUGCCCACCACAGCAGAUGAGCACUCACUCUCACUUGAACCACUCGAAGGAUCCCAGAACGCUCAAAACAUCUGAUGCACCAACGCUGAGACAAAACCAAGACUACCAAGAGGCCAUGAGUACAUUCGGCUACCGUCGGGAACUCAGUAAGUACGAGGAUUUGGAUGAAGAUGAGCUGUUGGCUUCACUCACAGCCGAGGAGCUCCAGGAGCUGGAGAAGGAGUUGGCUGAUAUUGACCCAGAUGACAAUCUCCCUAUCGGAUUGCGGCAAAGAGAUCAGACCGCCAAGACUCCCACCGGUACAUUCAGUAGGGAAGCUCUGAUGAAAUACUGGGAAAAUGAGACGCGAAAACUGCUGGAGGAGGAAAGGAUUGGAUCUACAAGCCCAGGAGAGAAAGACAAAGACAGCAGAGAAGAGGAGGAAUGUGUUACAGAGAGUGACACUGAAGACUCUGGGGAUGAAAAAGAUGAGGUUGAAGAAAGUGAGAAAGACACAGAGAAAUAUAGAGAAGCUGAAGAAGACCGAGAAGAGGAAGAGGAAAGUGAAGCAGAUGAACCAGUGACAGAGGAAGAGGAGGAAGAAGAAGAAGAGGAAGAAGAUGACAAGGAAGAACAAGAAGAACAAAAAGAAAUCGACAACCAUCCUAAAAUGGGACACUCAAUGGAGUGUAACACUCAACCGCAGCAUUGUUGGUCCUCAAAUAGUCAAUCCAAUCAAAGGCAGAUAGGUGAACCAAAAGCCCAGAGUCAGGAGCCUGGUCGCACUUCAGGAAACCCCACGGUGGCUGAUGAGGUACUGGAAAAGGUCCUCAACAAUGACCCAGAAACCACAGAGGUCAACCUCAACAACAUUGACAACAUCUCCCAAGACACUCUUAUCCGAUUUGCAGAAGCCUUACGCUCUAACGCACAGGUACGCGUCUUCAGCCUUGCCAACACUCAUGCUGAUGACCAGGUGGCUUUUGCCAUUGCCAAGAUGCUGAGAGAAAACCGAAACAUCACAAACCUUAACAUCGAGUCCAACUUUAUCACAGGUAAAGGUAUUCUGGCUCUGGUGCAAGCGAUCACCCAAAACAAUACUCUGACAGAAAUGCGAUUUCACAAUCAAAGGCACAUAUGUGGAGGUCAGGUGGAGAUGGAGAUUGUAAAGUUACUAAGGGAAAAUACCACGCUAAUAAAGUUGGGCUACCAGUUCGACCUUCCAGGCCCACGUAUAAGCAUGACAACCCUUCUCACCCGCAAUCAAGACCUCCAGAGACAGAAGAGAAUGCAAGAGCUGCGUCUGCAGAAUGGAGGUACAGCAACACCCACAAAUCCAAGAACUGUUGCUCUUCAGAAGAGCACGAGCACUUCUUCUCCUCACAGCUCGCCUCGGAGUUCGCCAUGGUCAUCUCCAAAGCUACCACAUGUUGACAUGGCCAAGAAAAAUGCUCCCCCUGCUCCUCCACCACCACCACCACCUCCACCACCUCCUCCUCCUCCACCCCCAAAAGCCUCCCUCUCAGAAAAUAAACCUCCCUCCAGAAUGAUUGCUGAGGUGAUCAAAAGGCAAGAGGAGACUUCCAAGAAACAGCAACAUGGUCCCACCAAAUCCAAAUCCAAAAAGGGCAAAAAGAGGCCUCCAAAUCAAACAGAGACGGACAGCAUAUUAAAGGAACUUAAGAACGCUUUGAGACCCAUCAAUGACAGAGAAAACUCCAGACCAUCCACACCUCAGCGCUGUGCUCAUGAUGAACUCAUGGCCGCCAUCAGAGGCAGCAGCGUCAGAAAUCUCAGAAGGGUGGAGGUUCCUAAAUAUCUUCAGUAACCAGGCUGUAGGAUCAAACAGCAAGGUGACACUCCUGGUUCAAUACGACAUCUGUGAAUACCAUGUGCUUUCCUCAGAAUUACACCAAGGCUUAAAACAAUUGAUUAGAGCAGGUGUUUUGGGUUUUAAAGCCAAUCAUGUAAAUGUGCACUGAUCACAGCAAGUGCAUGUUUUACAUUUAAAGGUCCAGUGAAAUUAAUCCUGAGUAAGUUUUGAGGAUAUCUAUGAGCUAGUGUGCCCUAAAACAGUGACGGAAUGCACAUUUAAAAGAUGUAAACCUUGUAUAAAUAUCCAAUGAUUGGACACUUCCGCCUAAAUGCAUAAACAAUCCAAAUCAACUCAUACUUCAGUUUCUCAUCAAAUCUCGACCAAUCAAAUGCUCUAUAGAAGGGAAUCUCAAACUUGGUCCUGGAGAUCUGAUGUCCUGCAGAUUUUAGCUCCAACUUUCCUCAACAAAUCUGCAAGGGUGUUUCUAGAAAGCCUAGUAUAGGGGUGCAUAAACUCGGUUCGAGAGGGCUGAUGGCCUGCAAAGUUUAGUUCCAACCCCAAUUAGACACAGCUAAUCAAGCUCUUACUAGGCCAGGGGUGUCCAAACUUAGUCCUGGAGGGCCGGCGACCUACAGAUUUUAGCUCCAACACACCUACAAGAAUGUUUCUAGAAUGCCUAGUGAGAGCUUGAUUAGCUAGCCCAGGAGUGUCUGAUUGGGGUUGGAACUAAACUUUGCAGGACACCGGCCCUCCAGUCUGGACAUCCCUGGCCUAGGCUCUCUAGAAACAUCUUUGCAGGUGUGUUGAGGCAAGUUGGAGCUAAAAUCUGCAGGACACCGGCUCUCCAGGACUGAGUUUAGACACACCUGGCCUAGUAAGAGCUUGAUUAGCUAGCCCAGGUGUGUCUGAUUGGGGUUGGAGCUAAAAUCUGCAGGACACCAGACCUCCAGGACCAAGAUUGAGAACUCCUGUUCGAUAGUAACUGACAUGCCCCAUCCUCUUUAAAAUGCUUCUCGUUUGAUUAGCCUGAGCUCAAGCACUUUUACUGGCAAAGCUGUGAUAAAAACGAAAAACUAUUGGCUGUUUUAAAUAAAGGGGAGGGGCUAUUAUUUAUAGUAGCUCCUCCCCUUAUUCAAUAUAUCUCCUGCAUUGUGUUUCUGUCGAGAUUUGGUCAAAUUUCGAAUAAAAAAAAGCACAUCACAGGACCUUUAGGCUUUCUGCAUUGAGAAUGACCUGGACAUUUGCACUGUAUUAUAAUUACUAUUAUUUAAAUGAUUACUAGAGCUAAUAGUGUUGAGAGUUUCUGCUGUUGUUGUGGUUGUACUUUGUCAUUUUUAAAUGUAAAACCAACUUUGCCUUGUUAAUGUUUUCAAACAUCAUCCAUAUCUGUAAAAAUGUAAAUAUAUGACUUGAUUUUAAAGACUAAAUGUCAUUAAAUGGCAUCAUUUCUGCAUCUCGACGCGUGUUAUUGUAACUUACCAAACCAUUGCAAAGAUCGGAAGAUUAUUCCAUACAAAGAAAAAGAGUAUUAGUUGUAUGAAUAUCACAGUCUCCUAAUCCGGACCCUGUAUGCAUGUUUAUUUUGGAAGCGCUCACUGGGACCAAAUUCACUCUGCAGCUGUUGACUUUGAAUGGACAAAUGUUUUUAGCAUCAGCAAAGCUCGUGUUCAGGCAAAGAGCUCGGAUCUGACAUGCAAACACUUUCCCAUGACGAAGGUUAUAUUGUAAUAGUUUUAACAAAAGCAUAUCCCAGCACACAAUAGACUUAUUAAGCCAGAAAGUUGGGGUGGAGGGAUGAAAUCUACUAAGCAGGUUCUGAUGGAAGUGGAAUUAAAACUUGUCCUUAAACAAUUCCAUCCAGAUUCAAUCUCCCACUUGAAUCAGCAAGUAAUGAUUUAACUCAUUGUGGGAUAAAAUAAUAUUGUUUUGCACGACACUAAUACGUUUCCAUUCUUAAUGUCGGUCUAAAUUUAGCACUCUAAAAGCAGAACACAAUGUCUAAUGCAAUCAGCUGGCUGGCUAAACUCCAGUAAUGCCACAUCAGACUGGGCUGGGUUUUAAAAAUAAUCAUAACAUUACAGUAUUUUUGUACCUUGAAUCACGGUCUGGAUUAACAGCACAAAAACACAGCACAAAUUCACCAUGAGGCAAAAUUGCUCUUUCACAUUUCAAGUAAACUACUGUAUUAGUAUUGGGAGAUUGAAUUGGUAUGUAAAUCCUCCCCCACCCUCCCAUUUUCUGGCUUAAUAAAUCUAUUAGGUUGUUACGACUGACGUGAAAUAUAAAAUUGAAUGAGGAAAUAUCAGUUUACAGGAUUAUAUUUCAAUCUGCACACAUUGUAUAAGUUUAUUUCUUUUGUCCAGCAUGUAAAUGACUGUCUUUACGGUUGGAUGAAGGCAGUGAAGGAUCAGCAUGUUGACGACGGAGCAUUCAUUCGGUCAUGUAGCUGUAAAAGAGAAACAGAAAACACCACCAAACCAGGACACGCCAUGCUUUACUGACCUCUACAGACACUUUGGGUUCAGUCUCUUCUUAGUGGGACAAUGAACAGAGUCACAGAACAGCUCAGCAGCUUGCAGUUAAUAAAAAACUUAGUUCAGCUCCCAGUUACUGAGAGGAAUGUUCUCCAAUUUUGAUCAGUGUUUUUUUUUUUGUGUGUGUGUGCAAAUUUCUGAUGACAUUUUUAUACUGUACUGAUGACGCUGAAAAUCUGAAAGAAUAAAUAAAUACAAUUUAAUUUUA